CUUCUUCUCUGCUUUCCAUCUCAAUCUUUCUCUCUCCAAUUUUUUUAUUCAUCAAUUAUCUUAAAAUCGAGAGAGAGAGAGAGAGAGAGAGGAUGGGAGAGGAGAAAGGAGGGAAGGCAGGUGGGGGAGUAUGGCCAACCAUCAAGCCAUUCGUGAAUGGUGGUGCAUCUGGUAUGCUUGCUACCUGUGUCAUCCAACCCAUCGAUAUGAUCAAGGUGAGAAUUCAAUUGGGUCAAGGAUCUGCUGGCUCGGUUACAAAGACUAUGCUUAAGAAUGAAGGAAUUGGUGCCUUUUAUAAGGGUUUAUCUGCUGGAUUACUUAGACAAGCUACAUAUACAACUGCCAGACUUGGCACAUUCAGGAUUCUGACAAACAAGGCACUCGAGGCCAAUGAUGGAAAGCCCCUGCCAUUAUAUCAGAAAGCUUUAUGUGGUUUGACAGCUGGAGCUAUCGGAGCCUGUGUUGGAAGCCCUGCUGAUCUGGCACUGAUCCGUAUGCAAGCUGAUGCAACCUUACCUGUUGCCCAACGUCGUAACUAUACAAAUGCAUUCCAUGCUUUGUAUAGGAUUACUGCAGAUGAAGGUGUAUUGGCUCUAUGGAAAGGUGCUGGUCCUACAGUCGUAAGGGCUAUGGCAUUGAACAUGGGGAUGCUUGCCUCUUAUGACCAGAGUGUCGAGUUCUUCAAGGACAAUCUUGGUUUUGGAGAGGCUGCUACAAUUAUAGGUGCAAGUUCUGUAUCAGGGUUCUUUGCUGCCGCCUGCAGUUUGCCUUUUGAUUACGUGAAAACUCAAAUACAAAAAAUGCAACCUGAUGCUCAGGGGAAGCUCCCUUACACAGGAUCUUUAGACUGCACAAUGAAAACUCUCAAGGCAGGAGGACCCUUCAAGUUCUAUACAGGGUUUCCCGUAUAUUGUGUUAGGAUCGCACCACAUGUCAUGAUGACAUGGAUCUUCCUCAACCAAAUUCAGAAGCUAGAGAAGAAGGCUGGAUUGUAAUUUUGCUUGCUGGAACAUAGGUAUGUUGGUUGGUGUCAAGCACGCUAUCAGAAAUAAUACAUCGUGCUGUACUUUUUGCGGAUUUUGGUUACUUACUCAUCCAAGUAAACUUGUUGAAGUCAUCUGAGUUAUACUUUUUUUGAAAUGAAUCAUAUAAUUGAUAUACCAUUUGAACAAAACUUGUUUAGGAUAGGAUUAUUCAUGGAGUUCAAUUUUGAAAUAUUCAGCUCCUGGAAUUCGGAUUCUUCCAUCUAUGGUUGGAUUAGUCUUGAUUCAGUUUGAGAAAAUAAAAAACCAUGUGAAAGUGGGUUCAGAUUUUUUGCACUAAUGUCUGUUGAUUUGAGCUUCAUUGUAUCGUUAUGUUAUGUAAUCAAUCAUAUAUUCAUAUGAUGUGUGUUUGAUGACUGACUUUUGUUA